UCGGAAGCAGCAGGCGGUAGCUAAGUAAGUAAGCAAGUAAGUAGGGAUAGCGCGGCUGCGGAGAGUGGGAAACAAUUCGGGCGUCGCGACCGCCGUGGGAGUCGCGCCGCUACUUCCGACGAAACAGCACCCUAAGGGAUAACACCUCGUUACUAUCGUCUAGCUCAACAAGAAGGCAGCCUAAGCGAGAUGUCCAGACCAAUCCUUAGCAGGCCGCGUACGCGCAUCUACGGCAGCAAUUACGACAAGGGCGAGUCCUAUUACAAACCCAUGGUCGACCACCUAGAUCGGAAGUACAGCGGACGGCCGUUGUUCCCGGAGCCGAGAAAUUCACUAGCUGAUGAGAUCGCGGCCCGCCGUAGCGACAUCGGCACGCGCGACCUCUCCGCUCCCCGCACCGGCCGCGACCCUGAACUCGAAUUCGAUUCCCGUAACCGCGCUUCCCAACUACCACCCCUUACCGACCCUUUGCUACCCCCCGACGACGAGGACACCGUCUACGACAGCCGUGGUCAACGCACACGCCGCAGGCUGCUGGGAGACGAUUUCGCAGAGGAUGUAGCGGCGACGACGCGCCGUUUUCGAGCCCGGGUGGCGGCGAUGGGACUCGAAGACGAGCUCGAGGCCUCGACCGCCGCAAGUCAGUCCAGGAGGAGUGCCGCUGAUCUCCUAGAGAGCGCGGUGACUGCGCGGAAAGGCGCCAAAACAGCGAUUGAAGAAGUUGAGAGCGGCUUCAAGAGACGCUCAAGACUGUUCGACGAGAUGGAGCGCGCAGACGAAAGCAAGCCCGCGUUCAGUAGAUGGUCUAAACUGAUCAACGAAGACGACGAACUGGUACCGACCAGUGCCGCCGCCAGUAGGGCUAUGCAGACGAAGGCGCGUCUUCAUGACCUCGAGUCGGAGAUGGAGCAGCUCGCCGACAGGCAAGCCAAGAGGGAACGCAGAGCAGCCGCUCUCAGGGCGUUGGUGAACGAGAGCGCGGCCGUGGCCGACGACGUCGUUCAGCAGUCAACGAUCAGCAGCAAGAAAGUAUCGAUGCGCAGCGUGCAGGGCACCGAGCGCGCGGAGAAGCACGUCAACUUCUAGACGACGGGAGAAUCACACGAGAGAUCCCUGUCUCGCCUCUCUGAUCAUUUUCACGACGGUGUCUUACAGCCAAUGCGUUGCCGUCGCGUUUGGAGACUGAAGGCGACUGGGUCCGGGUGCAGUCGUGUUUCAGUGUCGUUCAAUGAUAACCCCUUGUUAAAACACAAAAGACAGUCAUGAGAUUUUUUCAAAAUGAAAUGCAAGAGACCGAAGUUUUCUCGUUUUUCAAAGCCAAAACACAAAAAACUAAUCACGAGUUUACUCGGUUUCAUUACUCAUUACGUGAUAUGUGCCGCCCCUCCCAAUUCUUACAUAUCACAGGAGAAAACUUGUGACCGGUUUUUUGAGCUUUAAAAAACGAGAAAUCUCUGAUCGCUCUUUUUUAUGUACUGACGACGAAUUCGAGGUAAUCGAUGAAAUCAGUUCAGUCUGCAAUCGCGGCCUGCAAUAUAAUAUCGCAAUAUGAUAUGAUAAUCGUGAGCCGACGUUGUAAGACACUGUCGUACCUCGAUAUUGUAUGUCGAUAUUGUCUGUAGAUUUUUUUUCGAUAUAUCACGCGGCAACUGUGCGUUUCUGGCAGUCGCACAAUCACAUUACCGCUGAUUUGUCGUCGCGAAAGGAACACACGUCGACUCAGUUAAUGAAUAGCACUGUGUUAAUCUGAUAAUUUAUCUCGCGUAUUUACAAUGUGACGUGUGUAUGUUCGUUUCGCGUGAUUCUACAAAUACGAAUGUAUCAGUAUGUUAAUGCGAGGCGCAUCAUUCGGAAGUGCAUUCCAUAGACUCUGAAUUUCCGACUGCUGAAAGUUGGAUUACUCUCCAUUAUUCUACUUUUUCAACUGCACAAUUAAAUUCUAUAAAUUUUCUUUCAAUUUGAAUCAGUUUCAAUUGACGGCGAGUCGAUUUGGUCGCACGACAUUGCUUCAACUACAUUGCUCAAGACAGAAUGUACUUUCGAGCAAUACACCUCGCAUUGUGAUAUAAUUUUUUUUGCUUUUCCGCUCCGCGAAUGUAAUUCGUGGGAGCUUAAGUGUUGAUUGUUCCUAAUGAACGAGAGUUACGUUCAGACGCAUCGAAAACAUUGUCGCGUGAAAUUAUUAACGCAAUGUUAAAUUAAGGAAACACAAAAAUCGCGUUCUGUCGCAUCUACCCCGACAAUAUUACUAUUUUUAUUUCAGAGAAUUAUCUUUUACUAUUCGGGAACAAAUUCUGUAAUGCGCUAUCAAGCUGUCACAGGUUUUCGAGAGAAGGCCCGAAUUCGCAAAACUUUUGCCAAAUUCAUAUGUCUGUCUACAUGUCUGUCUACAUGUAUUCCUCCUUUCUUAUAUAUGAAUAAAUCUUGUUUGAAAUUUC